UAAAAUAUUUAUAGUAGGGCUCACACAUACACUCUACCAUACCAGUUCUAUGUUUUGUAGUUGUUGUUUGUAAUGCUACUGGCGUACGGACCACUAAUUUAUGAUAGUUUACACUAGAAAUUAUCAUUAAUAUUUGAAUACAUUAACAAAGAAAUUUAUAAAGUAUAUUAAUUUAAAUGGUAUAAUAAUACGACUGCCUUCGUUACGAAAAUGGGUGGAGGAGACUUGAAUUUGAAGAAAUCAUGGCAUCCGUCUACCAUGAAAAAUAUUGAGAAAGUUUGGAAGGCAGAGCAACAACAGAACCAAGAAAAGAGAAAGAUAGCUGAAUUGAAGAAAGAAAUAGAAAUGGAAAAGGAUAGGGAGGAUAUGAAAAAGUAUGCGGAAGACCAAGGCGUAAUAGAGAAGAAAGAUGAUAAAAAAUUGGAUUGGAUGUACAAAGGACCGAAUCAGUUAGUCAAUAGAGAAGAGUAUUUACUUGGACGACCGAUUGAUAAAUCUUUUGAACAAAUGGUACAAGCAGAGAAGGAUCCUGAAGUGAAUCAUAUGCCUAGAAAUCAUGUUGAACAUGAAUGUAUUCCACCUUCACUACGUUUUUUUUCUGGUAAUGAACAAGUUGACCUGGCAAGAAAAAUGCAGGAAGAUCCUUUGUAUGCUAUAAAAAAAAAGGAAAUGGAAACAAGAAAUCAGUUGCUGAAAAAUCCUGUCAAAUUAAAGCAAUUGAGACAGUUGUUGGAGCAACAAUCGAAAAAGGACAAAAUUGAAAAGAAACAAAAAAAGAAGAAAAAGCAUAAACAGAAUGUAGACAGCGAUGACGAGACACAAUUGGACCGGUUAUUAGCUGCUAAAUACAAACAGUUAAAGAAUAGAAUUAAUGACAAGGACUUAAUGAAGUCUAUGAAGAAGGUUAAACAUAAACGACAAAAAAUGUCGAAAAACGAAAGUGAUACUUUUAGUAGUGAAUCUGAAAGCAGCAGCAACGAAAGUUCAAAGGAUGAAAGUAUAGGAAAAUAUAAACAAAAAAAGGUAAACAAAAGUAAAAAUAAUAGCAUACAAACUAAAAAACAUAAAGAGAAAUAUACAAAAAAGGAUAAGAUGGAAGAUAGGAGACAAGACAUACAUGAAAAACAUGUCCGAAAUCAUAGUUCGAGUAGAGAAAGAAGUGACAGUUCUAUUCGUAAAAAGAGGAGUAGAUUACAUGAGAAAGAUGUAGAUAGAACUAAAGACAAAAGCUCUUACUCGAGAACUCCUCGAGAUAGAGAAAAUAAUUCUCACAAAGGUAGACAUUAUAAUAGAAAUAGCGUCGAGGGUGUACAUGCCUCAAACAGAUUAGUUCAUAAGGAAACUCAUUUUAAACGUGAAGUUAAAAGCAAAAGUAAGGACGAGUGGAUUCCUAAAAAGAAACAUCUCACGGAAGAAGAGAAGGAGAGACGCAGGCAAGAGAUGAUAGCAAACGCAACGUGGAGAGAUAAAGAACGAGAAAAGAAUGUGAAAAAGUAUAGCGAAGAAGAAAAAAAAGAAAUAGAUAGCGGCAAAGAAUAUAAUCAAGAUUUCGUUAGAAAGCACUUGGCAGCUGCUGCAGAAGUAGGCACUAUCGCAUCUAGAAUUAAAUCCAAUAUGAAUAACAUACAGCGGUCUGGACGAGCGAUGGACACAAAUUUUGCUAAACGGUGAUUUUUAAGAAUGUAAUUGAAUUUGUACAGUUGUGUAAAAUUUCAUUUAAUUUUAUGUAGAAUGUAAUAUAAUAGUAUAAAUUAUAAGUAUUCAAAAAUAUAUUUUCUAAUGUAUAACUGUGUACUCUUAUCAGUACGCGAAUAUGGAUUUUUAGACAAGGAUACUAGUACUUUGUAUGUCGUUGUGCUUGUAAAAUCAACUCUGCUAUAAUUAAGAAAUAUACAUAUAUUCAGCAAA